CUGCCACGCCAGAACAAGUGAAAACACUGUCGGACAGGUGUCAGAUUAUCUGCGUUUGGUCCAGAGGAAAUGGUCCCGGUUCUCUUUAACCUGACCCUGGCCACUGUGUUUGUUCUGACCUGCAUGUCAGCGGUCCCGCUGCGGGGCCACAAGCUGCCGCAGGUGGAUCCGCUGACGGCCCACCGGGCCGACCCGCAGUGCUGGGACUCCUCCUCGGCCCUGCUGCUAGAGAUGCGAUCUCCGAGGAUAGCCGACACGGUCCCCGCCUUCUGGGACCUUAUGGGGACCCUCCGGUCCUCAGAGGACGGGAAACACGCGGCGCUGUUCUGGGACCUGGCCCGGGUCUUUUGGGAGAUCUACGUGGAAUGCGUGAUGUCCAGGAGCCACGGCAUGGGGAGGAGACACGUCACCUCUGUGCACUCCCUGAUUACUGACAAGUCCUUCAGGUUCAACAGUUCGAGAGCAAACUCCUGGACAAAGCUCAUUGUCAGAGUGAGACGCAGAGGACACAUCACCACACUGAAGACUGAACCCAAAUAAAACACAACACAAAUGUCUCUGAGGGUUCCAGCUGGACAGCUUUUUGUCUUUAUUUCACUCCCUCUUUGUGAUGUCCCUCAGUUAAAAGAAAAUGUUGUGGGGAUAUUAAUAUUAUUCUUUUCCAUUCCUUAAUAUUGUUACUUUUUUAUAUGGACAAUUAAAUAUCUAGCUCAAAAAUGUAAAUGUGUGUCUGUGUAUAUACAUUUUGGAUGAUUUUUUUUUUAUUGGCUAAAGAAAAAAUAAAAAUAAAAUAAAAAAUACAUUUGCUGAUACAGUUCAGAUGUAAGUUAUUUGUUCUCAUCUAUAAAAAUCAUAAAACUUUA